GGGGGGGGAAGAUGCCGCUGGCGCAGCUGGCGGACCCGUGGCAGAAGAUGGCUGUGGAGAGCCCGUCCGACAGCGCUGAGAAUGGACAGCAAAUUAUGGAUGAACCUAUGGGAGAGGAGGAGAUUAAUCCACAAACUGAAGAAGGCAGUAUCAAAGAAAUUGCAAUCACACAUCAUGUAAAGGAAGGACAUGAAAAGGCAGAUCCUUCCCAGUUUGAACUUUUAAAAGUUUUAGGGCAGGGAUCAUUUGGAAAGGUUUUCUUAGUUAAAAAAAUCUCAGGCUCUGAUGCUAGACAGCUUUAUGCCAUGAAAGUAUUGAAGAAGGCCACACUGAAAGUUCGAGACCGUGUUCGGACAAAGAUGGAACGUGAUAUCUUGGUAGAAGUUAAUCAUCCUUUUAUUGUCAAGUUGCAUUAUGCUUUUCAAACUGAAGGGAAGUUGUAUCUUAUUUUGGAUUUUCUCAGGGGAGGAGAUUUGUUUACACGCUUAUCCAAAGAGGUGAUGUUCACAGAAGAAGAUGUCAAAUUCUACUUGGCUGAACUUGCACUUGCUUUAGACCAUCUACAUAGCCUGGGAAUAAUCUAUAGAGACUUAAAACCAGAAAACAUACUUCUUGAUGAAGAAGGUCACAUCAAGUUAACAGAUUUUGGCCUAAGUAAAGAGUCUAUUGACCAUGAAAAGAAGGCAUAUUCUUUUUGUGGAACUGUAGAAUAUAUGGCUCCAGAAGUAGUUAAUCGUCGAGGUCAUACUCAGAGUGCAGAUUGGUGGUCUUUUGGUGUGUUAAUGUUUGAAAUGCUCACUGGUACACUACCUUUCCAAGGAAAAGAUCGAAAAGAAACAAUGACUAUGAUUCUUAAAGCCAAACUUGGGAUGCCACAGUUUUUGAGUCCUGAAGCCCAGAGUCUUUUACGAAUGCUUUUCAAACGAAAUCCUGCAAACAGAUUAGGUGCAGGACCAGAUGGAGUUGAAGAAAUUAAAAGGCAUUCAUUUUUCUCAACAAUAGACUGGAAUAAACUGUAUAGAAGAGAAAUUCACCCACCUUUUAAACCUGCAACUGGCAGGCCUGAAGAUACAUUCUAUUUUGAUCCUGAGUUUACUGCAAAAACUCCCAAAGAUUCACCUGGCAUUCCACCUAGUGCAAAUGCACAUCAGCUUUUUCGGGGGUUUAGUUUUGUUGCUAUUACCUCAGAUGAUGAAAGCCAAGCUAUGCAGACAGUUGGUGUACAUUCAAUUGUUCAGCAGUUGCACAGGAACAGUAUUCAGUUUACUGAUGGAUAUGAAGUAAAAGAAGAUAUUGGAGUUGGCUCCUACUCUAUUUGCAAAAGAUGUAUACAUAAAGCCACAAACAUGGAGUUUGCAGUGAAGAUUAUUGACAAAAGCAAGAGAGACCCAACAGAAGAAAUUGAAAUUCUUCUUCGUUAUGGGCAGCAUCCAAACAUUAUUACUCUAAAGGAUGUAUAUGAUGAUGGAAAAUAUGUGUAUGUGGUAACAGAACUUAUGAAAGGGGGUGAAUUGCUGGAUAAAAUUCUUAGACAGAAAUUUUUUUCUGAACGAGAGGCCAGUGCUGUCCUGUUUACUAUAACCAAAACUGUUGAGUAUCUUCAUGCACAAGGGGUGGUUCACAGAGACUUGAAACCUAGCAACAUUCUUUAUGUGGAUGAAUCUGGUAAUCCGGAAUCUAUUCGGAUUUGCGAUUUUGGCUUUGCAAAACAGCUGAGAGCAGAAAAUGGUCUACUCAUGACUCCUUGUUAUACUGCAAAUUUUGUUGCCCCAGAGGUUUUAAAACGACAAGGCUAUGAUGCUGCUUGUGAUAUAUGGAGUCUUGGUGUCCUCCUCUAUACAAUGCUUACUGGUUAUACUCCAUUUGCAAAUGGUCCUGAUGAUACGCCAGAGGAAAUAUUGGCACGAAUAGGGAGCGGAAAAUUCUCACUCAGUGGUGGUUACUGGAAUUCUGUUUCAGACACGGCAAAGGACCUUGUGUCAAAGAUGCUUCAUGUAGACCCGCAUCAGAGACUGACUGCUGCUCUUGUGCUCAGACAUCCUUGGAUCGUCCACUGGGACCAACUGCCCCAAUACCAACUAAACAGACAGGAUGCGCCACAUCUAGUAAAGGGUGCCAUGGCAGCUACAUAUUCUGCUUUAAACCGUAAUCAGUCACCAGUUUUGGAACCAGUAGGCCGCUCUACUCUUGCUCAGCGGAGAGGUUGCUUACAUGUUGCUAGUCUCCCCAAGUGACCAUUGGUGGAGACCAAUUAAUGAAGGAAUGAAAUUCACUUUCUUGGGACUGUGGUAUUCUACAGAGCCACACUUAACCACUUUUUCCAGUGAAGAAUCUACAGAAUGAUAAUACCCAAAUAUGGAUGACCAAGAAGAAUUUGUAUCUACAGUGUGCUUUUUGUAUUUUUGACACUGCUGUAUUCUGUGUGGUUGAGUGACUUGUAACUGGUUCUAAUGUGACUGGGUGUUCUCAAAGAAUUCUAGUAACUAAGUCAACUUAAUUUUCUUAAGCCUGGUAUUAUAUCAGUCUCACAUUUACCACUUUGAUUCCAGUCUUUUAACUGUUCAUAACAGGGCAUACCGAGGGUUGGAAUGCGAGCCUACUUCCUACCUCUUAAGGCACUUUCCUCAUUAUUUUGCCAUUAAACCUUGAACUGCAUGAUAAGCUGUUUAAAUGUCCCUUACUUCUCCCAGAGCAACUAGCAAAGUAUAUGAUAUUUUGAAUACAGACUUAGCGGAAAGGAAAAUUUAGAGAUUUAAGUUCAGAGGUGCAAACCUCAAGAAAACCUCUUUAGAGCAUACCAUAUGAGUACAGUGUAUGUAAACGUACAUGAGAUGAGAGUCGCUAUAAUAGUCCUCUCUAAGUAGAUUAGUUCAAUAUCUAAUGGAAGUGAACAUCUUUACUCCUAUUAUCACUGUAGUACUAAGUGAACUAUAUACUGAGUUUUUCAAAGAAGUAUUUAAUACAAAGCAAGGGCAUAAGGAUAAAGAUUUUGGGUUGUGUUUCUAUUAAGUGUAGUUUACCAUCUAAAGCUUUGUUUUUUAAUUAAAAAAAAAAAAAAGCUUCAUGGUAUUCCCAUUCCUUAGCAUCCUUAAUGAUUAUGGAUGAUGAGUUUUUAACUUUUAAAAUUGUAUACAUGUAUUAGUUUAUCUUAACUCUUGCCCUAAACAAAAGGGAAAGCAUACACCUAAGGGAUGUAAUUAUUUUGCAUUUUUGGCCAUGGGUGGGAGUGGGGUGGCUAGCUACUUAAACGGUUUUUAAAAAAAAGAAAUCACAAAUAUUUUUUUACUAUUGUAUAUGAUCUUACUUUAUACUAGUUUCUCUCUAGUGAGGCAUGCCAGAAGCCCAAGGUACCAUAUCAUGAGUUCUUAUGUAUUGUACCUUUUAUUGAUGGUUAAAUUACAUCAGAUGCUUGGCACUGCUGCCAUAAUUAUGAAAUGCUUGUAAAGAUCAAAUAUCACUGAAUACUUUAAAUUGUUUUACUUAAGAGUCUAAUGUGGGAAGUUUUAAAUUCAUACUAUUAAUGUGUAAUCAAAGUUCUUUCAGAUGUAUCCAUUAAUAAUCCUGGAACAAUAUUGCUUGUA